AUGGAACAUCGGCAUUCGAUCGCCAUGCUACCUCGAACCACCAAAUUGUCGUCGCCGCGCAUGCUCGAAGAGGAGCAGUUCUAUUCGUCGUCCGAGCUAGCGUUCGGGGCGGACUCCGACGGCGACGAGCGCGACGACGAGCGGCCACCGACGUCCAAACUGAGCGUCUACGACUCGACCCACGACCACGAAACCACUCCCAGCCUGGGCGAUUCACUUCGGAGGUCACACCGGAGCACCGGCAACGGCAUGAGCAUGAGCACCAGCUACAAGAUCUCUCAACAACUCCGGAGCCCGCCGCGGCUACUCUACGUCGUGGUCGUCUUGACAGUCCUGUUGAUCUACUGCAUCUGGCGCAACCCAAAAUUGACCCACCAGCUGCCGCGCAACUCACUCUUCGGCCACGAGCAGCAUCCCGUGUUGGCACCGCUCGACGACUCGGACCUCGAGGUAGCCCACUAUGAGCCACCACCACCUGUACCAGCGGCUGAAUCGAUCCAGGCGGGCAAGAACAGGGAGGCCGCCGAGGAGGCUGUCCAAACCAUGAUGAACAGCUACGUCUGGCAACUCAAGCCGGUGCAUGUGAGUUUGUCGAAUAUGCUGAAGACGUUGAGCAAGGUAAGUCGUUUUUCUGAGGAGGUUAUCCCUGCGCGAACACGCUUGCGCCAGGUACUGACCCAGUCGGUGUCGCGCGCGGACCCUCGUCUGCACAGGAGGAUCUGCGGGUACGGCAAUGGUUGAUCGAGACGCGACCUGUUUCGAUGGCUGGGACUCCGGUGGGAUUGGCGAGCUCGAGCUCGUCACCGAGAAUACGCGAAGGUCCCGCGAUGGCUAGGAUCGGCAGCGGCCCCGGCAAAUAUAUGGCAGGUGCUCGAGACAAGUCAGUCAACUCCAGCUCUCGACGGCGUUCCUUUUUACGCAAAACUUACCCCAGUACUGCCUUCUCUCUCCGAACUAUCUCUUGAUGACCGUGCAGGUACGACGAUCUUGUGCGAGAGUACGAAACGGGACGACCCAGCACGGGGUGCCCUUCGAUGCCGUGGGCCAGAAACUACACGAUCCUUCACAACGCGAUCUUGCAAGGAAAGAAACCUGUCAAAGUCUUCCAAGCGACAUGUCCGGCCACCGCAAGCUGUGGCGGGAUAGCCGAUCGGUUCGUAAACCCGUAUUUUGUUCGGCGGAGGCAAUGCCAGAGUUGACUUGCACAGGCUGACCUGCUCUCCUCUCUUUUGCACAGAUCGCUUGGACUCUUCACAUCAUUCCUGUACGCCAUCCUUACCGAUCGAGCCUUCUUCAUCGAGUGGGAUAAUUGGCCGUUCGAGCUCCUCGCCGACGCCGUGCACAUCGACUGGAGUCAGCCAACCGACAUGCAGACAGGUCUGGCACGUCACCCCAAGAUGGGCGUCACGAAAUCGCGUAUCUUGCUGCCCAUGAUCGACCUGCCGGAUGACUACGUCGAUGCCUUCCUUAUCAUGCGGAUUUGGUCUCAUAUGCGAGAUCACCCAUUCUGGAUCCGGGUAAGCUUUGCUCGAUCCCAGUCCCGAUUAAAUUGCAGUCCCCGGGGAGACGUGUUCCUGACCAUCCCGGCACUCCGCUCUCUGACAGUUCUGGACGAACCGUGGUGCGGUGUUCAGAUCGUUCAACUAUGGAGGAGUGUCGGACGUCUUGAAAGAGAAGGGAUUGGUGCGCUCUUCAGCGUACGCGUGCUUGUCCGAGUACCUAUUCCGACCCAAGGCGAAUGCGUUGCGCUUCAUGGUUCAAUACACGUCACUGUUCGCGCUUCCCUCCGUGUUUUCGGUCGCCUUGCAGAUCCGCACGGGUGAUCAAAGCAUGGUAAGCACGAAGGAUGGCGUUGCUGGGUACGAAGCGGACUCGCUAACGUUUGGCUUUUAAACGCGCAAUAGGAAUUCGCAAAAAACGAUCAUUCGGACGCAGCAUCGCAUCGAGCCUUUUUCGAAUGCGCCGAAAAGGUUUCCGCUCGACUAGCGCGACCCGAUCAAAAGAUCGUCUAUUACCUCGUAUCCGAUUCGGAGGCGCUUAAGCGUGCCGCCCUCAACCAGUACGGUGACCGGGUGAUCCUGAGUGGACUCAGCGCCGCCCAUCCCGAAAUCGCGGCGGAGGAUCUCGAUCCAGUCGAAGAGAAGAAACGAGUGCUCGACGGAGCGAGCGAGGCGUUGAUUGAGGGAUGGCUUUUAGGGAGUGAGUACACGUAUCGCCUCUUUUUUUGGUCUUAACGGCCGAGGGCAAUUGCUGAUCUGUAGGAUUGUCGAUCAUUCCUGCGCUACAGAAACCGACUUUCAAAUCUUGUCCACCGACAGUGGGUUUGGCAAGAUUCGUGAGUCAAGUCGUGCACGAGCGAUACCACGGGGUGGCAGAGCCACUGCUAAUCCGCGCCUGUUUUCUUGGUUGUACAGCGGUUUGGUCAGCCGGAAAGGAGGGGCGAACAAUACAAAUGCCCAAGACAGAGACUGGCAUCGACUGCUCUAGUCCAGAUGCGUACGUGGAUACUAGAAUCCCGGGCUCAUCUGUAUGCGAACGCUCACCUUAUUCCCAUCUCUCUUCAUUCGUUGGUCCAUGUAGCAUUGCAAGCUUCGACAAGAUGGCAGCUUCAUGGUAG